GAGCAAAACAUUUUGGUGGUCUAUUCACGCGAAAAAUUAAAAUAAUUAAAUAAAUAUGUUGGGCCGCAGCAGUGUUAUUGCACGCAACUUCUCGCAAUCCAUGGUGCGCUAUGGUGGCCAUGGUGGUAUUCCCGGCGAGAACUUGCCAUUUGGUCUGCACAACAAAUAUAGGAUCACUGCUCUGUUCACCAUCGGCUGUGUUUUGGGCUUUGGCUCCCCAUUCCUGAUUGUCAGACAUCAGCUGCUGAAGAAGUAAGCGAUCGUCGCAGCCCCAACGACAGCGGCAGUAGCAACAACAACAAUGCGAAUUGUAAGAUUUGUGGCAGCCGUGUCGAACAGUGUGUUAUUACAUAUUAUAUUUAAGUCCAAAGUUUCAACGUAAUAAAGUUACCCACAAACUGUAGACCUAAA